AUGAGCCUAUUGUCCCUUAGCAUUAAAGAUGAGGACUUUGUGCCGGUCUCUCUCUCAGGGGUAUGCGAGAAUGCAGCCUCUGAAAAUGUCCAGGCAGGUCAGCGCCAUGCUUGUUCUCUGGGGACCUCUUCUGGAAGAGGACGUGAAUGGAAAGAGUCACAGCAUUUGGACUUAACAGGUUGCCACAGCACGUUCACCCCAACAGCUCCCAAGCCCCUGCUCUCCCACCUGCCCGCAGAGCCCCAGAAUCACAGAAUCUUGGAGCAGGAAGAGGAGAGGUCUCCAGCACUAGGGGGCUCUGCAGAGAGGGGACUUGCUAAGAAGAGCCUUGGGAAAGGGACAUUGGGGGCAGCUGAGCGAGUUAUGGUUACUGGGGCUUCUGGGAACCCACCCCACCCUCCCUAUGGUCUCCCCUGUCCUAAGGGGGCAGGGCUAUCUAUGGGGCUGCUGAGGGUUGGGGGUCUGCAUCUUACAGCCCCCCUAGGGCCUCUGCUCUCCUUGCUGCUGCUGCUGCUGCUGCUAUUCGUGCCAUACAGUGAACCUGGUCUAUCUUGUGGCCAAUACCAUCCAUUUAGGAAAGUCAUUCGUGGACAGGCUGCCCCACCAACAAAGUGGCCCUGGCAGGUGAGCCUGCAAGUUUAUCACAAGCACAUGUGUGGAGGAUCCCUCAUUGAUACCGAAUGGGUGUUGACAGCUGCACACUGCAUCUUGUGGGAUUAUAAUUACACUGUGAAGCUUGGAGAUACAUCCUAUUAUGCCUCUGAGAACAGUACCAUCGCCACCGUCAAGGACAUCCUCAUCCAUCCCUCUUACUCAGAAUUCAUUUUCGUCAAGAAUGACCUUGCCCUUGUACACUUGGAAUCUCCAGUUACACUCACCCAGAAGAUUCAACCUAUCUGCCUACCUUCCAGCAAAUUCCACGUGAAGAACGGGACCCGCUGCUGGAUGGCAGGAUGGGGCCAGACUACAGAGAAGAAGGAAGAUUCACAUCCUCUUGUGCUCCUGGAAAUUGAUCUAUACAUUAUUGAAAGAAAGUACUGCAACAAAAUGUUGAGAAAGUCCUUGUUGAUCUCAGCAUUUGUAUCCAUUGUUGACAAAAAGAUGCUCUGUGCCUAUCAUCCAGAAGGAAAAGAUGCCUGCCAGGGGGACUCCGGGGGACCCCUUGCCUGUGAAAUUGGACAGCACACCUGGGUGCAGGUGGGGAUAGUGAGCUGGGGAAUUGGCUGUGGAAAACCCGAAGUUCCUGGAAUUUAUACCAAAGUCAGUUCAUUCUCCACAUGGAUUGUCAGGACCAUAAACCAAGAAGGCUCUUCACUUUUGGCCUCUUCCUGCCUCACAUUUGUCUCGAUGCUGCUGCCCUUGUGUGUCCUAAUAACCCCAUGACCCAGCCUCUUCAUAUUUCUGCUCAGCUCCCCUUCUUUUACCUGCUUUCAGACUUUCCUCAACUCUUACUGCUCCCUCCAAAGACUUCUCAUCCUUCCUUACCUUCAAAACCUCUGACCCAGCUAAGUUGCAAGAGGAUGAGCCAGUUACAGUAUGGAAAGCACCUGGCAAACCUUAAAGCCAGCUAUAAACUUGAGUUGCUGUUGUUGGUUGUGGUCGUUGUUUUUAUUAUAAUC